GCGUGGCAGCCCGGAGCCACUUUCCCGCCCCUCCUCUCUUCGCUGCCUCGUUCAAAGGAGUCACCACUGAGCGCGCUGCAGGAGAGAGUGGCAGACCAAGGCGGCUCCGGGCAGCAAGUGAAGGGGUGCCCGCGCGGCGACGGCUGCAUUGCAGACACGGCUCAGGGCAGGGGGACUCCAGCAGCUGAAACGAUCUAUUCGGAACCACGGGUAAGUGAUGCCCUUAGAGCUGAGCUGCUGAACACUCGUGGACACUCCCCUGCUGCACGUUGGCCAUCAGCUGAGACAACAUGGAAGACUCCUACAAGGAUAGGACCUCACUGAUGAAGGGUGCCAAGGACAUUGCCAAAGAGGUGAAGAAGCAAACGGUGAAGAAGGUGAGCCAGGCAGUGGACCGGGCCCAGGAUGAAUACACCCAGCGGUCCUACAGUCGGUUCCAGGAUGAAGAGGAGGACGACGACUACUACCCGCCCGGAGAAACCUACAGCGGGGAGGCCAACGAUGACGAGGGCUCCAGCGAGGCCACGGAGGGCCAUGACGAAGAGGAUGAGAUCUAUGAAGGGGAGUACCAGGGCAUCCCCAGCAUGAGCCAGGGGAAGGACAGCAUAGUGUCGGUGGGACAGCCCAAAAGAGAUGAGUUCAAGGACCGCCGAGAGCUGGAGUCAGAGCGGAGGGCUGACGAGGAAGAGCUGGCCCAGCAGUAUGAGCUGAUCAUCCAGGAGUGUGGCCACGGUCGUUUCCAGUGGGCCCUUUUCUUUGUCCUGGGCAUGGCUCUCAUGGCGGAUGGUGUGGAGGUGUUUGUGGUGGGCUUCGUGCUACCCAGUGCAGAGACAGACCUCUGCAUACCGAAUUCAGGAUCCGGAUGGCUAGGCAGCAUAGUGUACCUCGGGAUGAUGGUGGGGGCCUUCUUCUGGGGAGGACUGGCAGACAAAGUGGGCAGGAAGCAGUCUCUCCUGAUUUGCAUGUCUGUCAACGGAUUCUUUGCCUUCCUUUCUUCAUUUGUCCAAGGCUAUGGCUUCUUUCUCCUCUGUCGUUUGCUUUCUGGAUUCGGGAUUGGAGGCGCCAUUCCUACCGUGUUCUCCUACUUCGCUGAAGUCCUAGCCCGGGAGAAGCGGGGUGAGCACCUCAGUUGGCUCUGCAUGUUCUGGAUGAUUGGUGGAAUCUACGCGUCAGCCAUGGCCUGGGCCAUCAUCCCACACUACGGAUGGAGCUUCAGCAUGGGCUCAGCCUACCAGUUCCACAGCUGGCGGGUCUUCGUCAUCGUCUGCGCACUCCCCUGCGUCUCCUCUGUGGUGGCCCUCACCUUCAUGCCGGAAAGCCCUCGCUUCUUGCUGGAGGUUGGAAAACAUGAUGAAGCCUGGAUGAUUCUGAAGCUCAUUCACGAUACCAACAUGAGAGCCCGGGGUCAGCCAGAGAAGGUCUUCACGGUAAAUAAAAUCAAAACUCCCAAGCAAAUUGAUGAGCUGAUUGAGAUUGAGAGCGACACAGGAACAUGGUAUAGGAGGUGUUUUGUUCGGAUCCGCACAGAACUGUAUGGGAUUUGGUUGACGUUUAUGAGAUGUUUCAACUACCCAGUAAGGGAAAACACCAUAAAGCUUACGAUUGUUUGGUUCACCCUGUCUUUUGGGUACUAUGGAUUGUCGGUUUGGUUCCCUGAUGUCAUUAAACAUCUGCAGUCUGACGAAUAUGCCCUGCUAACGAAAAACGUGCAAAAGGAUAAAUAUGCAAACUUCAGCAUCAACUUCACCAUGGAGAACCAGAUCCACACUGGCAUGGAGUACGACAAUGGCAGAUUCCUCGGAGUCAAGUUCAAGUCUGUAACUUUCAAGGAUUCAGUGUUUAAGUCCUGCACCUUUGACGACGUGACCUCAGUCAACACCUACUUCAGGAACUGCACAUUUAUUGAUACCCUUUUUGAGAACACGGAUUUUGAGCCAUAUAAGUUCAUCGACAGUGAAUUUCAAAACUGUUCAUUUCUUCACAACAAGACGGGAUGCCAGAUUACUUUUGAUGAUGACUAUAGCGCCUACUGGAUUUAUUUUGUCAACUUUCUUGGGACGUUGGCAGUGUUGCCAGGCAAUAUAGUGUCUGCUCUGCUGAUGGACAGAAUCGGGCGUUUAACCAUGCUAGGUGGCUCCAUGGUGCUCUCAGGGAUCAGCUGCUUCUUCCUGUGGUUUGGCACCAGUGAAUCAAUGAUGAUAGGCAUGCUGUGUCUGUACAAUGGGCUGACCAUCUCAGCGUGGAAUUCCCUCGACGUGGUCACUGUGGAACUGUAUCCCACAGACCGGAGAGCAACGGGCUUUGGCUUCUUGAAUGCGCUCUGUAAAGCGGCGGCAGUCCUGGGAAACCUAAUAUUCGGCUCCUUGGUCAGCAUUACCAAAGCAAUCCCCAUCCUGCUGGCUUCCACCGUGCUUGUGUGUGGCGGACUCGUGGGGUUGCGCCUGCCCGACACACGAACCCAGGUUCUGAUGUAAAGGAACAAAAGCCAUCUCUUCCCACCAUGGGUCGGUCCUCCUGCCUGACUCAAGGCUGCAGGGGUUUUUGUGUGUAGAAAGGCGGCCGAGUAGCAGAACACAAACUUUUGCUGUGACGUAAAGAGUAGCUGCGUGUGUGUUGUCUUGCCCCUCCAAUGUGACUUUGCACUGUUUUGUUUUUUCCAGGCAUUGUUAUCUUUUCCUAACUGUGAUACUCCUGCCUCCCCGUGUCCCGUGGAAGUGUUCCUAAAAUGUCCCACUCAGCCAGGCUUUCCUGGGGAUUCUGAUCACUGACACUGAGAAGCUAAAAAGCCUGUUCUGGCCUAAGAAAUAGACCCUGCCCCUGACGUGUCACUAACAGGAAGUUCAAGCUGGCGUAAUUGAGUUUGUGCUGAGGAAAGGGAUUUCUUUUUUCUUUUUUUUUUUUUCCAUACAGAAUGAUGUUUCCUGUUUACUUAGAAAAAAGGACACCCAGACACUCUAGCUGUUACAGCAGGGUGUUUCAAAAACAUUGUGUGACCCCAAGCAUGCCUGAGUGGGGCUCUUUCAGGCAGGACAGUCAAGGUGACUCUUCUAACAACAAAAAUUUAAAGUCUGACCCCAGAUGGCAACAAAAACCUGCUUGAGCUGCAGAAACCAGAUUUUAGAUGGAAGAGCCCUGAUACAUGCGAGGGCUGCAGCCCCCACAGUAUCUGGGACUUGGCAGGUGGAUCGCAGUGUUUGAAGAUCAGAGAUCCUCCGCCCUCUUUGCAUUCCUUCCCGAGCUGCCCCAGAAUUGGCCAGAAAGCAGAUGCAGGGAAAGAAAGCCACUUCUUAGAAUGUCACAUCUGCCUCUUGAAUUCUGUUAACACUUUUCUCGUCUCUGGUCCAGUGAUUGGCAGUAGAAAUUAGAAACUGGCAAGAAAUUCACAACCAACGCCAUUUGGAAAUGCCAAAGGGUGUUUCUCUCAGUGCUGUUUCUUGAGGGUCAAAACCAUCCUCCCUCCUUUGGUCAACUGUCCACUGUCACUGUUUAACCCCCAUCUCCACAGCAGGUCCUGUCCCUCCAGCUUUCCCCAGCUAUGGGCACCCAGCCUUGUCUGAGCCCAGCCUUGUCUCUGGGUUGCCCCCCUUCUCUCCCAAGCAACCCUCCAGCAGGCUGGACAGCAUCUUCUGGUGGUUGUCUGUCUGUUUUACCUCUGGAAUCUUCAUGAGCGUGGAAGGAGAGGUCAGCGGGACGUUCAGCGGGACGUUCCCACGGGCCAGCUGUCAGCUAAAUGACCUUCUGGUCUCUCACUAACUGCCCCUCCCCCAAGCCCAUUCUUUCAUCCAUCUUUGAAAUCUGAAGGCUUCUUGUAUAUGUGCGGCCUGUGACAAAAGCCAGUAUACGUCCCAUAUUUAAAUGGCCUUCUCUCUCUAACUCCCUCUGCCUUGUUGGAGGGUGAUCCUUGUUGCUUCUUUCCUGCUAUUCCUGCAUGGCCACAGCCCUGGAGCUUCCAGAAAAAAAAGAAAUUUUUGUUCACACUAAUCAUUCCAUUCAAAGAUGGCCCUGCUCCCUGGAGGCCCGCUGUCUCCCCUCCUCUACAACAUUCCCUGAUCCCUCCUGGAGCUCAAAUUCUGUGAAAAGCUCUUUGAUUAACAUAAGCCAUUAAUCCACUGUCCCCAGCAAGUAAGUCUGGCUUGGUGGAGGGGACAGCCUAGAGUUAAGAAGGAAAGUCUCAGAGAGUAGUUCCCUGGAGAUAAUUUAGAUACUCGGAGCCGGGACACCAAGGAUAUCAGAACAAAAUCUGCAAAGGUGCCAGAAAAAAGGAAAACCUUUAACAUUAGGCAUGGCUGCUUUGAAAGACACCCACAAAGCAGGGACCAGAACAGAAUUCACUUCUGUUUCCUUUUCCAUCGCUGGGAAACAAAUGCAUAUUUUAAAAAUCUCAGAAAGUAUUUUUCGCAUUAUUCGUUGUCCAUGUGGGUUUGGUCCCCCCUCCUAGUUACCCGUGAUUUGUCUUCUUUUAAAAAGGCGGGGAGGGGGCAUGUUUGGGGCUUAGAGCAGAUCUUUUGGAUGAAUGAGGCCUGCAAAGGCAAUGCUACAAAAGUAAAAUAUGAAUCUCUUAUCUUCCCGCGCAAAAGAAAAACCGACUUAUACAAAGGCAUUGCUUUUUCGACUCUCAAGUGGUAGUGAACUUACUGCAUAAUCAAAUUGUCUCUAUUCUCUAUCUUAUAGUCUAACUACAUCAAGUACAUUCCAAACUGCAAGACACAGUUAUGCAGAAUUUUAUCUGGAUGCUGGGUUGGGUCAGCAUGAGAUAACCCAGCAGAACCUUGCUUUGUAAGACCAUCCGCCAUCAUCUCCUUCAGAAGAACUAUUCUUGUCCAUCUACCCCCAAGCUUCCCAGGUGGCCCAAGAGGGAUCUCUUCUAAUCUCCUGGACAAUCAGUGGUCACAAACCUUCUUGGUCACCACCUUUCUCACCCCCCAUGUUUUUUCCUCAGUCUUUUCACUGUGCAUCACCUUUAUUGUCCAUGACAACGUCCUCGUUUCUUCCCAAGUAUGUGGUACAGCUUGUUUGGGUUUAAUUAGAGAUUAAGACAUAAUCAUAAGAGUCAACAGAAGCCCCCGUUAUAUGAGUGUUAGAUGGCACCAGGGCAGACAUCUGCCUUCCUGUUUCAUGUACAGCAAAAGGAAACUGAAAGCUGACUCAAAAACGAAAGGGAAUAGCCCCAUCUGUACCUGUAUU